AUUAUCUCCGCAAUCCCGCUUUUUGAUAAGUGACUAAAAACAAACAGCGAUAAAGCGUUUAUAAUGUGGCUUGAGAUUUUCGAUACAUCCGAGUCGAACUAGCGAGUGUAAUAAUGGUGAUUGAAGUGUAUAUUAGCCUAAUUUGCGGCAAUACAGAGAUAAAAUCUCGCCAGCAAAGGAUACUGUCAAUAUUAGACUCCAAGAGUAUUAAAUACAAGAUAGUGGAUAUAUCUGGAGAAAAUAAUGAGGAAUCAAAGAGAUUUAUGCACGAAAAUGCCACGGAAAAGGGAGGGACAAUGAGCGAUCCCGAUCCGAAAUUUCCUCUACCUCCCCAAUUCUUUAAUGAUGGGUCUUAUUGUGGGGAUUACAAUUCGUUUGACGAGGCGAACGAACUGGGAGAACUGAAGAAGUUCCUAAGAAUAGAAGAUAAAGCCUUUGUAGAAAUGGAAACAGGGAUGGCGAACAAAGAAAUAGAAGUAGAAUAAGCGAUUUAUCAAGAAUUUUUGUACCUGUUUGUAAAAUGAAAUUAAAAAUUAUAGAAAAUUUAUAGUUUGAUUUCAUUCAUACGGGAAAGUAAAAGAC